AUGGCGCACUCCUUUUCAGCACGAAGCUUUGUGACCAUUGCAGAUCUUCACCCAAAUCUGGCUCGUCCUAGUAUCAUUGGUGUGGUGAUUGGGAAAACGGAUCCGAAAGGCUUUCCCGACAGAAGAAUCGUUGGUGCAGAAAGAUACACUUUUGGUUUUACUGUUCGUGACUCGCCAUCUUACUUCAUAAACGUAAAUUCUUGGGGAAGAGAGGAAUACGUUAAAUCACUUUCAGAAAGUUUUCGAGUUGGUGACUGUGUCAUCAUUGAAAAUCCUUUAGUGCAGAUGAAAGAAGUAGAAAAGGAGGAAAAAUUUAACCCUACAACACCAAGCGGUUACAAGCUACUGCUUAGCGAGACUCAUUCAGUGGUCAAAAUCUGCUCUGGAUGUGAAGUGGACACCAAGCUGAUGUCGCUGUUGAAUGUGCCUGUGAAAGAACCCCAGAAUUUUUACUCGCUGGGUGACAUUGUGGCCAACGGACAGAGCUUGGACGGCAGAAUCAUUAAUGUUCUUGCGGCUGUGAAGUCGGUGGGCGAGCCAAAGUAUUUCACCACAUCGGACCGACGAAGAGGUCACAGAUGCGAAGUGCGGCUGUUUGAUGAAACUCAGUCUUCCUUUCUGAUGACAUGCUGGGACAAUGAAACUAUCCAGCAUGCCCAGAGCUGGAUGCCUCGAGAAACAGUAAUCUUUGCAGCAGACGUGAAAAUAAACUUUGACAAAUUUAGGAACUCCAUGGUUGCAACCGUCAUCUCUAAAACCAUUAUUACUCCUAAUCCUGAUACGCCAGAAGCAAAUAUUCUACUCAAUUUCAUAAGAGAGAGUGCGGAAAUGUUAGCUUGGGAUGAUGAAAUAGGAGAUCAGUUCAGAGAGCCCGUAAACUUGCAGACGAUAGCUGAGGUUUAUACCGUGAAACAGUUAAAGAAGAAAGCUUUGCAAAAUGAGGGGAAACCAGAACUUUUCUAUGGCAUUAUUUUUGCCUACAUUUCUAUGCUGAAUAUUGAUACCGAAACUGCUAAAAUAAUAAGAAACAGAUGCGCCAGGUGUCACAAUGUGGUCAAUGAAACAACCAGCGGGUGCUCUCUCUGUAGCAGCUUUCCUUCCUCGUUGGACACGCCGGCCUUCCCAAGCUUUGCUUUACGAGUUGAUGUGACCGACCACACAGGCACGCUCCCUUCCUGCAGCCUCUCGGACACGGUGGCCGAAGAAACUCUAGGCUGCAUGGCUCAGGAGUUCCUGGCUCUGACGGAGGCUCAAAAGACAGCAUUAAAAUGGCAACUUCUUCUGGAACGAAGUAAAAUGUAUUUCAAAGUCACUCUGUCACCCAGUUCAAGGAGCGGACUGCGAGUGAGUCUGCUUUCUUGCAAACUAGCAGAUCCUGUAGAGUCUAGUCUAAACUUGAUUGGAAGUGGAAAAGAGGCUCUUCGCAAUGCCGCCAAACAGCUAGAAGGACUUUAA